CCGGUGUGAGGGAAGCUCCAGCUCCCUCCAACCACACAGCUGCUGGAACACAUGCCGUGUCUCCGUGGAAUUUAUUUCUGAAUUCAAUUUUUAUUAUUGUUUUAUUUCAUAUCUACAGCUUCUUCUUCUUCUUCUUCUUCUUCUGGGACAAAAACCUGUUGUCAUGCAGGGAUGAGUGUGUAGGAGCAAGAACAAUAAUUUUGGUGCAAGUGCGUACUCUAAGAACUGGUGUACAAGUGCAAAAGGCUGCACACUCAUACAGAGGUUAAUUAUCCUCGUCAACAUCACCAUUAUCAUCAUCAUCAUCAUCAUCAUCCUCAUCUCAGUUCCAUCCCACCAUGCGCUCUCAGUACCAGCUUGCCCUCUUCUUCAUCCUGCUUUGCCCCGUCAACAUCAUCGGCAUGUGGUGGGCAGUGGGCAGUCCCCUGAUCAUGGAUCCUAACAGUAUCUGCAGGAAGACGAAGCGUUUGGGCAGUAAGCAGGCUGAUCUGUGUCAGAACCAUCCGGAAAUCGUGACAGAAGUGGUGAAAGGAGCGAAGCUCGGAGUGAGAGAGUGCCAGUACCAAUUCCGCUUCCGACGCUGGAACUGCACCAGCCACAACAAGUACUUCGAAAUCCUACAACAGGAUAUCCGGGAGACAGCCUUCAUGUAUGCCAUUACCGCAGCUGGAGUGACUCAUGCAGUAACUCAGGCCUGUAGCAUGGGGGAGCUGCUGCAGUGUGGCUGUGAGGCUCCUCCCCCUCGACGAGCUGAAGCUCCACCCAUCGUUGAUGGGGCGUGGGAUGGCGGCGGCGCGUGGGAGUGGGGCGGUUGUGGAGAUGAUGUGGAGUUUGGCUACGAGAAAUCCAAACAGUUUAUGGAUGCCAAGCGCAGGAAGGGGAAGAGUGACAUCCGCACUCUCAUCGACCUGCACAACAACGAGGCCGGACGCCUGGCAGUAAAGAACUACAUGAGGACUGAAUGCAAAUGCCAUGGGCUUUCGGGUUCCUGCACGCUGCGCACCUGCUGGAAGAAGUUGCCCCGGUUCCGGGAAGUGGGCAAUCGUCUUUUAGAGCGCUUCAAUGGCGCAUCAAAGGUUAUGGGAGGCAACGAUGGAAAGACGCUGAUCCCUGUCGGACAGAACAUUAAAGCUCCAGAUAAACAAGAUCUGAUCUAUUCAGCUGAGUCACCUGACUUUUGUCUUCCAAACAGGAAGACUGGUUCUCCAGGAACCAGAGGGAGAACCUGCAACAGUACAGCCUUGGACGUAAGUGGCUGUGACCUGCUGUGCUGUGAGCGAGGAUAUAAAGAGGAGGUUGUGAUUUUGGAGGAGAACUGCCUCUGUCGGUUCCACUGGUGUUGCGUGGUCCAGUGUAAAAAGUGUUCAGUGCGCAAGGAACUCAGCCUCUGUCACUAAGUUCUAACCUGGUGGGCUAAUGAUUGUUCUCUUGGUGUUUGCAUUCCCUCACCACUCCACUUGUCUGCUGAAGGACCGAAUCACUGAUUUCAGAACAUUUGACUGUCUUUCUAUAAAGAUCAACUUCUCUCCUGAUGUAGUUCCAGAGUGGAAUUAUAACAUGAGCAGUUCUGGAAUUAAGGGCAUGAAAUGUUCCAGAAGAUAAUUUAAUCCUUAAUAAAGGUUCCUUAAAAGCAAGGAUUCUAACACAUUGGAUUAAAAGCUGUCUGGAUAAGUUCCAUUUUAAUAACUAAUCCAUUGGAGAAUCUAGAACACUUAUGACACACAUCACAUCCAGAUGUUUCUGCUUAAAUUCUUGACUUACAUUUCAAACAUUCUACAUGCGCUGAUGGAGAUUUUCCACAUUGACUCAGAUCUGGAAGAUACUUUGAAUGCUGACUCAUAUUUUUAUGAACAUGAUUUUUUAAAUUACUUUUACAAAGAUCUCUGCCGUGGAAUGUUGAAGUUCCAAUUUGUUGCUGGUGAAAGAUCUGGACUGCUUUGUCAAAGAACUCCUAGAAUUCUGAACAAAGAGCACUGACAUGAUGUUCCACACAUUGGUUGACUUGCAAAAUCUAAAAUGCAUGAUCUGAAAAGGUUCUAGAGUACUCACUUAUCUAAUGAUAGAUUUGAUAAAAGUGAAGAAUCCAGAAAAUGAACUGACUGCAGAAGACAAAAAAUCGAGUCUGUUCAUGAAGUUCUAGAUACAUUUAAAAAAAUCUUAAGUUCUAAAACAUGGACUCAACUAAUGGAAUAUUACCAACCUGAUUUUUCUACUCAUCAUUAUUUUCAUACUGUUCUCCGAGUUUAAUUCACCAGAUGGAGAAUGUUCACUGCUGACUGAUAUUCCAAGUGAAAAUAUUGCAACCUGUUUUCUUUAAAUUCUAGAUCACCGAUUUUCAUUCAGAGCCUCAUAUUUUCUAGAUUGUUCAGAAAGAGGAGGUCAAAGAUACUUUAAAUUGAAUGUGUCAUGGUUCUCAUAAGAAAGAAACUCUGAACUGGAACUCAGAGUGAUCAGUGAUGAUGCAGAAUGUAGAUUUGGUUCUACCAGGCAAUGAACAUUCUCAGAUGUUCCAUCACGCACGUUCUAAUGGAUCAAAAACUCAGAGACUCUGUGAAAAAAUCUGGUGUUGCAGUAUAAAGAAUUCACAGCGUUAAAAAGACAAAGACUUCUAUUUAUACCCGAUGACAUGGCGACUACUAACAGAAUGUGAGGCGUCUGGAACAUCCAAAGCACUUUGAAUAUGAGAACUAUGCACAUUGUACACUUGUGUUAAAAUGUUUAUAUAUAAAUGGCUCUACGUAAA